AUGCACGUCUCAAACCUUAUCUUACCUCUUCUCACACUCAGUGUUACCACCACUGCUGUCUCAGCACUUCACAUUACUCCUCAACACAAGAAAGCUUUAGCUGCUCAAAAAAUCUCUGAACCAGCAAAGAGAGAAGGUGUAUUGGCCGCUGCUCACAAGAACAAGGUUAAGAGAUUAGUAAAGAAGAAGAAGAGGCAAUCUUGUCAAGUUAGAUACAACGCCACUUCAAUCGUCACUUCUUCCACUGCAGAAGAAACAGCUAGUACAACCUCGAUAGUUGGUGAUGAUGCUAGUGCAAUCCCAACUUUGACCAAUAACGAGAAUUGGGCAAACGCAACUGCCACUCAGACUUCAUCUUCAGUCUAUGAGACUGCAAGUACCACAGCAGAUGAUUGGGGCUUCUCAUCGGCUUCAUCUUCUUCUUCUCCUCAACCAUCGUCAACUACUUCAGCUGAGACCUCUCAAUCCACCAGCUCUUGGUCAAAGGUCGAAGAAUGGUCCGGAAACUCGUUCUUCGAUAAUGUCAAUUUCUGGGAAUGGAAUGAUCCUACUCACGGUACCGUCGAUUUCCUCGGUGCCAGUGACGCCUGGAACAGUGGAUUGAUAUCUAUCAACUCGAACAAGAGAGCUGUCAUGGCAGUCGAUACCACUCAAGUUGUAUCAGGUGGAAGAAAAUCUAUCCGAAUCCACGGUAACAGAGUAUUCACCGGUGGUCUUGUUCUUAUGGACGCCUAUCACAUGCCUGAUGGAUGUGGUACAUGGCCCGCUUGGUGGCAAAACGGUCCUAACUGGCCUGAAGGUGGUGAAAUUGAUAUAUUGGAAGGUGUAAAUGCUUUCACUCAAAAUCAAGUUUCCCUUCAUACCGGUCAAGGAUGUACUAUGCCCAGCGACUUGAACAGCAACCAAGUCGGAUCUUUAACUACUGGUAGUUACAACUCUUACGAUUGUUCUUCUACAAACACCGCGAACCAAGGUUGUGGUGUCAGAGAUGAAACAACUCAAAACGCUUAUGGAUCAGGCUUUAACUCAAUUGGUGGUGGUGUCUAUGCUAUGCGAUGGAGCAAAGCUGGUAUCGCUGUUUGGUUCUUCCCUCGAUCAAAUAUCCCAUCUGAUAUCACCAACGACUCACCUGAUCCUUCAUCUUGGGGUAAAGCAAUGGCCAACUUCCCAUCUGACAACUGUGACCCAUACCAAUUCUUCUAUGACCACUACAAUAUCUUCGACACUACCUUGUGCGGAGAUUGGGCUGGUGCAGAUGGUGUAUGGAACUACGCAGGAUACGCAGGACAAGAUCAAUCAUGUGCAGCAAAGACUGGAUACUCUACCUGUGCCGAUUACGUCUUGAACUCUGGUUCGUCCUUUGCGGAUGCUUAUUGGGAAGUCUCAUAUGUCAAAUACUUCAACUCCACUACUGAGGUAUAA